AUGUUUUCACGAAAUUUCUGGUUCGUUCGAAGUAAAAGUUGUUUUGAUGUUUUUCUCUGGAAUUUACCAUUUGCAGGGCGAUCUAUCAUCAGCCGUUGGCUAACAUGUGAUCCCCACCGUCGCAUGACGAAAAAAAUCGUCGCUGGCCUUCGAACUAGCGCGAGAAUAAUGCCUAAGAGAGGAAAAGUCACUCGCAGUACAGAACAAACUCUACUUAAAAACAAACACGAGGCAGGAGUUAUCGAAUCAGCAAUCUCCUUGACCAAAGACGGCCAGAUCUCUGUGAGAGUGCUGGCAAAAUCUGGUGCAAAGCAAAGUAACAUCACAGGUAAGAACUUUUAUGAAAAUCCAGACUACAGGAGUAGGGCUAAAAGCGCUAAGGUCUUCUUCCAAAACCAAACCCCUGUGGUGAGCUGGGUCGGUAGCAAAGCGGCCCCUCUUUGGAUGGCACAGGGGUAGAUCGACAAGUUCAAAUUAUUGAUAAAUUGUAAAAGAAAAGUGAUAUUCUCUUCUUUUUUAAACAAAAGAUAUUCCUUUCACGAUGACUUCUCACCUCCGAUAACAAGUUAGGUUCAGAUAGCCAUAUUACUUACAUCCUGUGUAGGAGGUAAAACUCUUGGAUACUACAUUUAACUCUUAGAAGCAGAUGAAUAUUUCCUUAUUCUUUAAAAUUACCCAAUACUAAGAGGUUGGCUAAGGGUUUACUGUAUACAAAAUUGAUACGUGACGGGUGAAUUUUUCACAGAAAGGUGGUGGAGUGAGAUUUAAAGUAUUUGUCACCACUGUAAUACUAAUUUCUUGUCUACUUGGCAGAUAUUUCUUCAGAUGGGGUUGGAGUGCAGAUUGCUGCUCCUGCAAGAGAUGGUGAGGCAAAUGAGGAGCUCGUACGAUACCUAGCAGAGGUGCUAAAUGUGAGGACAAGAACCAUCUCUGUAGACAAGGGAUCUAAGUCACGUAAUAAGGUGGUUACAGUAGAUUUAGCUGAGAUUUCAUUGGAACAAGUUAAGGAGGUGCUUUCUAGAGCGGCUUCACAGAAUUAG